AUGAGCUACGAGGCUCUUUAUGGCAGAAAGUCCUUGGGGAUCCAGAAGAACAUAGAAGGAAAACAAUUCAGCUUCGAGUUCAAGAACUCUGUACACAACUUGAGCAAAACACAGCAGACCAAACUCACUGUGGGCAGACUGGGAUUAGGCCUGAUCAUCAUCCAGCAUAGGCCCUACCUCCAGAUUUCCCACCUCAUCAAAAAUGGGGCUGCAGCCAAGGACCGGAGACUCAAGCCAGGUGAUGUUCUGAUUAGUGUUGGCCAUGCCAACGUAUUAGGAUAUACUCUUCGAGAAUUUUUAAAGCUUUUGCAAAAUAUCACCAUAGGAACAGUGCUACAAUUCAAGGUUUACCGAGAUUUUAUUGCUAUACCCCAAGAAUGGCAAGAAAUAUAUGAUUUAAUCCCUGAAACCAAAUUCCCAGUGACACGUACACCAAAGAAAACUGGGAAGGCAAAAGAUGAAUUUUUCUCAAGCCCUGAUGACAACAAAGAUGUAGUUUUAGAUAAAAAACUUAAAUUUUACAGAUAUUCACAGUCACUUGGGCCUCACCCUGCAAGAAGACCAGUAUCUAUCUCCAGAGAAUGGCAUGGGUAUAAAAAGGAGAACCAAACUAUUAGUGUCGGAAAAAACAUCAACUGUGAUGUGAUAAUUCAUGGAGAUCAUAAGAAAGAAGUGAGAGCCCCAUCUCCAUACUGGACCAUGGUGAAGAACGAAAACAAAAGCUCCUCUUCCUCCGUCUCCUCCACCUCAGAUGCAUUUUGGCUGGAGGACUGUGCCCAAGUUGAGAAGGGCAAAAGUCAACUGGCAUCAAAGGUUAGGCAAUAG